GUCUAUGAUGGGGUCUGGUAGAGAGCCUGAUCUCGUGCACCUGGAGGCAAAGACAGUAGAUGGUCAUGCCCAGUACAUCACCUGCAAGAUGCAGAACUGCAGUGAAGCCACUCACGGCAAGCCCUUUCCAGGCUAUAUUGACCAUAACUCCCUGAUCGUCCAGGAUGAUUAUGUCUUUGUUCAGUUGACAUCAGGAGGGAGACCACAUUAUUACGUUUCUUAUAGGAGGAAUGCAUUUACACAGAUGAAGCUGCCAAAGUACUCCUUGCCCAAGGACAUGCAUGUUAUCAGCACAGAUGAGAAUCAGGUGUUUGCAGCUGUUCAAGAGUGGAACCAGAAUGACACAUACAAUCUGUAUAUCUCUGACACCCGAGGGGUGUACUUCACCCUGGCCUUGGAAAAUGUCAAGAGUAGUCAAGGGCUGGAGGGGAAUGUGAUGAUUGACCUCUAUGAGGUAGCAGGGAUAAAGGGAAUGUUCUUGGCUAACAAGAAGAUUGACAACCAAGUGAAAACUUUCAUCACCUACAAUAAAGGGAGAGACUGGAGUUUGUUGCAGGCUCCAAACACUGAUCUGAGAGGAAAUCCCAUUCACUGUCUCCUGCCCUAUUGCUCCCUUCAUCUUCACCUGAAGGUCUCAGAGAAUCCUUAUACCUCAGGAAACAUCGCCAGCAGAGACACUGCCCCCAGUAUUAUUGUAGCAUCAGGUAAUAUAGGCACUGAACUAUCAGACAAGGACAUCAGCAUGUUUGUUUCUUCUGAUGCUGGGAACACUUGGAGACAGAUCUUUGAGGAAGAGCACAGUGUUCUGUACCUGGAUCAAGGUGGAGUACUGGUUGCCAUGAAACACACAUCUCUGCCUAUCAGACAUCUCUGGUUGAGUUUUGAUGAAGGGAGAUCUUGGAGCAAGUACAGUUUCACAUCCCUCCCACUGUUUGUAGAUGGAGUUUUAGGGGAACCUGGAGAAGAAACUCUCAUCAUGACAGUGUUUGGACAUUUCAGCCACCGCUCAGAGUGGCAGCUGGUGAAAGUAGACUACAAGUCCAUUUUUGAUCGGAGAUGUGAAGAAGAGGACUACAGGCCUUGGCAACUCCAUAGCCAGGGAGAAGCUUGCAUCAUGGGAGCAAAAAGGAUCUACAGGAAGCGCAAAUCAGAGAAGAAAUGCAUGCAAGGAAAAUAUGCUGGGGCUAUGACCUCGGAGCCAUGCGUGUGCACAGAGGCCGAUUUUGACUGUGAUUAUGGAUAUGAACGACACAGCAAUGGGCAGUGUUUACCAGCAUUUUGGUAUAACCCAUCUUCCCUGUCGAAAGACUGUAGCCUUGGACAGAGUUAUCUCAACAGCACUGGAUACCGGAAAGUUGUUUCUAAUAACUGCACGGAUGGUGUGAGAGAACGGUACACAGCAAAACCACAGCAGUGCCCUGGCAAAGCCCCCCAGGGCCUUCGCAUAGUUACAUCUGAUGGCAAACUGACAGCCGAGCAAGGGCACAACGUCACUUUCCUGGUACAGCUGGAGGAGGGAGACCUUGAAAAAAACUGGGAACUGGUUUGGUUCUGGAAUUUUACAGUAAAACUGGAGAGCACAGGUUUGAAUCCCGAUCCCCAUCCUUAA